UGGAGGUGCUGCAGGGUCCCCGCCACCGCCUGCACAGCCAACGCCUCCACCACUGCCCUGGACCCCGCGCUCGGCUCGGUCUCCACCGCCACCUGGCAGGACUUGCCCCACGCAGCACUACCCGGCUCGCCGGUACCGGUACCGCGCCAGUGUCGGGACUCCGGCCCAGAGCACCGCGCUCGCUCCCCACCCCCCGGAGUAAGCCAGCGCCCGAGCCACCGCUGCAGCAUGCGCCGGAAAACACUAGAUAUUUACUCUGUAGAGCUGGAUGGAACUAAAGAUGUCAAGCAAGCAGAGCAGGGAGAUGGCAAACAGAAGUAUAAAGGCCUGAAGACCAAGGACUCAGAACUCAAGGAGCGUCAUCAGAAAGAGGAGCUUAAGAAAGAACUUGAUCUGGACGACCAUAAGCUCAGUAGUCAGGAACUGGAACAGAAAUAUGGCACAAAUAUCAGCAAGGGUCUCUCUAGCACUAGAGCUGUGGAGCUCCUGGCUCAGAAUGGGCCCAAUGUUCUAACACCUCCCAAGCAGAUACCUGAGAUUAUCAAGUUUCUCAAGCAGAUGGUAGGAGGCUUCUCCAUCCUUCUGUGGAUAGGUGCUAUCCUGUGUUGGAUGGCAUAUGGGAUUCAGUAUGUGAGCAAUAAGUCCACCUCCCAAGACAAUAUUUACUUAGGUGCCAUACUUGUGCUGGUUGUUAUUUUAACGGGUGUCUUUGCUUAUUACCAAGAAGCUAAAAGCACCAACAUCAUGGCUAGCUUCAGUAAGAUGAUCCCCCAGCAAGCUCUUGUUAUACGUGAUUCAGAAAAGAAGAUAAUCCCUGCAGAGCAGCUGGUGGUGGGAGAUAUUGUGGAGAUUAAAGGAGGAGACCAGAUCCCUGCAGACAUCAGGCUGCUGUAUUCCCAGGGGUGCAAGGUAGAUAACUCCUCUCUCACUGGGGAAUCUGAGCCCCAGUCUCGUUCAAGUGAAUUUACUCAUGAAAAUCCCCUGGAAACAAAGAAUAUAGUCUUCUAUUCCACAACAUGCCUGGAAGGCACAGCAACUGGCUUAGUCAUCAACACGGGUGACCGCACCAUCAUUGGUCGCAUAGCCUCCUUGGCUUCAGGCAUUGGAAGUGAGAAGACACCCAUUGCUAUUGAGAUUGAGCACUUCGUCCAUAUUGUGGCAGGAGUGGCUGUUUCCAUUGGCAUCAUUUUCUUCAUCAUCGCUGUGUCUAUGAAGUACUAUGUCCUGGACUCCAUUAUCUUCCUCAUUGGCAUCAUUGUGGCCAAUGUGCCUGAGGGCCUUCUGGCCACAGUUACUGUGACCCUGUCAUUGACAGCGAAACGGAUGGCUAAGAAGAACUGCCUAGUGAAGAACCUGGAGGCAGUGGAGACCCUUGGCUCCACCUCCAUCAUCUGCUCAGAUAAGACUGGGACCCUGACCCAGAACAGGAUGACUGUGGCUCAUCUGUGGUUUGACAAUCAAAUCUUUAUGGCUGACACAAGUGAAAACCAAGCAAACCAAGUCUUUGACCAAAGUUCUGAAACCUGGGCUUCCUUGUCCAAGAUAAUAACAUUGUGUAACAGAGCCGAGUUCAGGCCAGGACAGGAGAAUGUCCCCAUCAUGAAGAAAGUUGUAGUUGGAGAUGCCUCAGAAACUGCUCUUUUGAAAUUCUCAGAAGUCAUUUUGGGUGAUGUUAUGAAAAUUAGAAAAAGAAACUGCAAAGUUGCUGAAAUUCCUUUUAAUUCUACCAACAAAUUUCAGCUCUCUAUACACAAGACAGAGGACCCCAAUGACAAACGUUUUCUCAUGGUAAUGAAAGGGGCCCCUGAGAGGAUCUUAGAGAAGUGUAGUACCAUCAUGGUCAAUGGCCAGGAGCAGCCACUGGACAAGAACUCUGCUGAUGCCUUCCACACAGCCUACAUGGAGCUGGGUGGCCUGGGAGAGCGUGUGUUGGGUUUCUGUCAUCUCUACCUGCCAGCAGACAAGUUUCCAGAAACCUACUCAUUUGAUACAGACACUAUAAACUUUCCUACCUCUAACCUCUGUUUUGUGGGGCUUUUGUCCAUGGUUGAUCCCCCUCGGUCCACAGUGCCAGAUGCAGUCACCAAAUGUCGAAGUGCAGGGAUAAAGGUUAUUAUGGUCACAGGUGAUCAUCCUAUCACAGCCAAAGCUAUUGCCAAGAGUGUAGGGAUCAUUUCAGCCGACAGUGAAACAGUGGAAGACAUUGCAAAACGGCUCAACAUACCUGUGGAACAAGUUAACAAAAGGGAUGCUAAAGCUGCUGUGGUGACUGGCAUGGAGCUGAAGGACAUGAGCCCAGAACAGCUGGACAAUCUCUUAGCCAACUACUCAGAAAUCGUGUUUGCCCGAACAUCUCCUCAGCAGAAAUUGAUCAUUGUGGAGGGCUGUCAGAGGCAGGAUGCAGUUGUUGCUGUGACAGGUGAUGGAGUGAAUGACUCUCCAGCUCUGAAGAAGGCAGACAUUGGAAUUGCCAUGGGGAUAGCAGGUUCUGAUGCUGCCAAAAAUGCAGCUGACAUGGUCCUGCUGGAUGACAACUUUGCAUCUAUAGUAACAGGAGUGGAGGAAGGUCGCCUGAUCUUUGACAACUUAAAGAAGACCAUUGCGUACACCCUAACCAAGAACAUCGCUGAGCUCUGCCCCUUUUUGAUCUACAUCAUUGUUGGGCUCCCCUUACCCAUUGGCACCAUUACCAUCCUAUUCAUCGACCUGGGCACAGACAUCAUUCCCUCCAUUGCCUUGGCCUAUGAGAAAGCUGAAAGUGACAUUAUGAACAGGAAACCUCGCCACAAGAAGAAAGACAGACUGGUGAACAAAGAGCUUGCCAUCUACUCUUACCUGCACAUUGGUCUCAUGCAAGCCCUAGGUGCAUUUCUCGUAUAUUUCACUGUCUAUGCACAACAGGGCUUUUGGCCUACAUCUCUCAUUAACCUACGGGUAGAAUGGGAAACAGAUGGUAUAAAUGACUUGGAAGAUAGCUAUGGACAGGAAUGGACAAGAUAUCAAAGGAAAUUCUUAGAAUGGACAGGCUAUACAGCCUUCUUUGUUGGCAUCAUGAUCCAACAAAUUGCAGAUCUCAUUAUCAGGAAAACCCGGCGGAACUCCAUCUUCCAGCAGGGGCUUUUCAGAAAUAAAGUCAUCUGGGUGGGGAUCGCCUCACAAAUAAUUGUUGCAGUAAUCCUUUCCUAUGGCCUUGGGAGUGUCACAGCCCUCAGUUUUACCAUGCUCAGGGCUCAGUAUUGGUUUGUGGCUAUACCACAUGCCAUCUUGAUUUGGGUGUAUGAUGAGAUGCGUAAACUCUUCAUAAGGCUCUACCCUGGAAGCUGGUGGGAUAAGAACAUGUAUUACUGAGACCAUCAGUUUUCCCUGUGGCAUAAGGACUAUGUUCUUCAUGUUCUAUCUAAACAUUGCCAAACUCCAUCCAAGAGACUUUCAUGCAAAAAAAAACUAUGUGACACAUACUUUUGUUUUGUACUUUAAAGAUGAGAUUUAACUGUUUAUAUAGGAUUGUUGUAUCUAUGUCCACUUCCUUAUUUUUAAAUAUGUAAAGUUCAAGGUAAUGGUACAGGGAAGAAUGUGUUUAUGUACAUAAAUGUACAUAAAGCUCACUGUGUUGGUCUUGUAUUGCCCAGGUGUCUACUGGAAUCUGCUUUAAGAUAAGAUAGGAUUGCUCAGACCUCGAUUUUUUUACCCUCAUUAGAGGUCUAAUGGCCAUAGCUGAGCUCACCAAGGAGCUUCUGUUUGCCAGGAUUCAGCUUCAGCAGAAAGUACCUGUAUCUUAAAUGUAAUAUUUAUUUCUUGUAAAACAAGCACUCUCCAGUAACAAUUUUAUUUCAGUCAUGUUUUGUAUUCAUAUGUCACAUAUGUAUCCAUGAGUCUCAUUUUUAAGUAAAAGAUGUUUUAGAAAACCCA